AGACGUCAGUGCGUCGGCAAAACUGUCGACCGUAGUGAAAAUGCCUGUUUACUUUAUCUAUUCAGCAACGACAAAGAAGCAAAAUAACAUAAAAGAAUUCGAUGUCUUCUGGAGGAAGGAUGCAUGUGACGAGGCCCAAGUCAUCUAAAGGACGCAGCAGACCCAUGAUGGCUCCCACUUCCAGUGUGGAUUCACCUUCCCAGUCACCCUCUCUUUUACCCCAACCUCCAUCCGCCAAGGCAAACGACAGGUUAAACCAAUGCCUUCGUUCCAGAGCCAUUCUGAGACGCUGCAGUCAACCUACUACAGAUAUACUGACUGAAAUCUUCGACAGACCCCCGGAUGAGCCUGUCUCACUCAACAAAUACAGGGUUCUCCCUUCCAUAGAGAAAAAAACAGGUCCAGACCAGACGUUUGGUCAAGGUGACAGCAACCGUAGGAUAUGUCAGCACACUUCACAUAGCCACACAAAGGCCCAACCGGAUAUGAAAUUAGGAAGCGAGAUGGGUCUAACUCCUCCAGAGGAACCAGACCUGCUGCUAGCUAUCAGAACUCCAUGCGGUCAGAGGUUCAAGUGCCAUUUCCGGCCAACAGACCAACUUCAGGCAGUGCUAUCGGCCGCAGAGACUGAAUUUGGAGAGAGGUUUGAUAAUUGUAUGAUUGAGACUAUGGAUGUACCACGCAGAACUUUUACAAACCUUACAAUGACCUUGGCUCAGUGUGGCAUCGUAAACAAAUCGGUUUUAUGCAUUUCUGAAGACGACAGCAUGGAUUUAAUCUGAAACACUAGUGUAGUUCAACUUUUUU